GGAACGCUCUGCUGCUGCUGCCAGCCUGCUGAGUCUCACACAGCGAGAGAACCGUUGGAGCUCCUCAACGGUCACACCGGAGAGAUAUCAACCGCUCACCGACAGCUCAACGUCUGACUCGGUGUUGCUCUACUGGCUCUGAUAUAUUAACGUUUUUUGUCUUUUACGUGAUGUGGUCACAAUGAACUGAGGGAUGGCAAAACGACCGGGGACUGACGACGACGGGAUGUUGACUUCACCCACCGUUCUCCGGGAUUUCUCAGCUGAUUUGACCGUGAACAUGGACUGUAGCAGCGGCAGCGACGGAACCGGAGCAGCCGCCGCGGAGGAGGUCUCUCUGGAGGACAUCCUGAAGCUGUACAGCCAGCCCAUCAACGAGGAGCAGGCGUGGGCCGUGUGCUACCAGUGUUGUCGGACUUUAGCGCAGAAGCACCGGAGGAAAAGAAGCUCCACCAAGUCUACUGCAGGUGGUGGUGGCGGUGGUGGUGGCGGUGCUUCAGCCGUCGACUACCCGAGGAAGGUGGAGGGACCUGGGGAUGUGAUGAUCGGAAGAGACGGGACCGUGAAACUGCACUUUGAAGACACCACAGAUAAAUACCAACCGGCCACGACGUCAUUAGAGGUUAUUGACUCGCUGGGUAUCAUGAUCUACAAAGCUCUGGACUAUGGCCUCAAGGAAAGCGAGGAGCGUGAACUCAGCCCGCCGCUGGAGCGCCUCAUCGACAUGAUGACCAACACCGAAAAAACGGAGAGCGACCCCUGUCCUGACGAGGGCUACGAAGCCACAGAGGAGGAGGAUGAGUGCGAGGAGGAAGAAGAAGAGGAGGAGGAAGAGGAGCCCGUCUCUGCCACCACCACCACCACCACCACCACCAGCGCAGUCAGCGCUGUUCGCAGCUAUCGAGACAUCAUCACGAUUUGUUCUUCCCACCUGCCCAGCCCAUCAGCCGCCCCCAGCCACUACCAGGCUGUGUGUCGUGCUCUCUAUGCCGAGACCAGGGAACUACACACCUUUCUGGAGAAGAUCAAGAGUGCCAAGGAGAACCUUCGGAAAAUGGAAGGCAGGACUCGGGAUGAACCUGUUAGAGACCUUGACGAGCUGCAAAAUGCAGAUUGGGCACGGUUCUGGGUGCAGGUGAUGCGAGAUCUACGAGAUGGUGUUAAACUGACGAAGGUUCAGGAGCGUCAGUACAACCCGUUACCCAUCGAAUACCAGCUCACACCGUACGAAAUGCUGAUGGACGAUAUCCGCUCCAAACGCUACAAGCUGCGAAAAGUCAUGCUGAAUGGAGACAUCCCACCGAGGUUAAAGAAGAGCGCCCAUGAGAUCAUUCUUGAUUUCAUCAGGUCGCGACCACCUCUCAACCCUGUCGCAGCCCGUAAACUGAAGCCCCACCCGCCACGUCCCCGGAGCCUCCACGAGCGACUGCUGGAGGGCAUCAAAUCUGAAAGGAAGCUCAGACCGGUCUCACCGGACAUGAUCCGCAGACACCGCCUAGUCAUGCGACCUCUUAGCACGUCUUACAGCUUUGACUCAUCAGGUGCAGGGAAAAGCUUCAGCACUCCUCAGGACUUGUUCCGCAGCUCAGACUCUCCUGAUGCACCCAGGAAACUGGCUGUCAGCACCCAGUCUCUGGGACCCAAUCAAAGUGGAGCACAGCCCCUUAGCCAGAGGAAGAGGCUGCUCAGAGCGCCCACGCUGGCUGAGCUGGACAGCUCCGAAUCCGAUGAGGAGCCCACGCGGAGCAGCUCCAGUAUGUCCACGUCUUUGAUAGAGGACACGUCGCCCGAGCCCGUCACAGGGAAGAAGGCUCCUCCAAAGUUCCUGCCUAUCUCUGCGACCCCGCAGCCAGACAAGCGUCAGUCUCCACAGAGGCGGCACUCCAUCGAGAAGGAGGCCCCCACCAGUGGCUGCUCCUUUGCUGUUCCAUCCAGACAGAGCUCCAAGUCUUUGCUGAUGUCGGAUCCCAGCGCCAAGGUGGAAGCUGCCAGUGGUGCUCAGGGCACGGAGGAGUUCUGCUACCCGGUGGAGUGUCUGGCUCUGACGGUGGAGGAGGUGAUGCACAUCAGACAAGUUCUGGUCAAGGCCGAGCUGGAGAAGUUUCAACAGUACAAAGAAAUCUACACCGCACUCAAGAAAGGAAAGGUUUGCUUUUCGUGUCGGACCAAGAGGUUCUCUCUCUUUACCUGGUCCUACACCUGCCAGUUCUGCAAAAGGCCUGUGUGUUCCCAGUGCUCUAAAAAGAUGCGGCUGCCAUCUAAGCCCUAUUCCACCUUGCCCAUUUAUUCUUUGGGCCCUAGUACAGUGGCUAAAGAAGAGGCAAGUGGAGCUGAGCCAGAGAAGCACCCGUUUGGGUCUGCACACAGCCGACACAGCCUACGCAAAAGUGUUUACAAGUUGUCUAAGCACAGCGGCAGCAGUAGCAGCAAAGACGGCCGCUCGCAGGAUGAGUCAGAGCUGCCCAAGGAGCUAACCGAGGACUGGGUCACCAUGGAGAUCUGCAUAGACUGCAAAAAGUUCAUCACAGAGAUCAUAUCAUCCAGCAAGCGCAGCCUGUGCGUGGCCACCAAACGUGCCCGUCUCAAUCGCAAAACCCAAUCCUUCUACAUGUCGUCGUCUAACUCGGUCAACUUCAGGCCCUCUGAGCGCUCCAUCAAGGAGGUGUAGAACAUUGGACUGUCCUGUGCACUUUUCUUCACGCCUCUCCCAGAGCUAAGUCGUUCAAUGAAGAAAAAGAAAAAAAUCCCCUCAAUGAAGCCAGUCCUCCCCAAAGUUAGUAAAGGUUCUUACACCUUACCCCGUCUCAGGAAAAGAUGGCACGCUAUGGUUGAUCAUGACUGGUCAGGACUAUACGCUAGCUGCCAGAUAACAAAGGAGAGCCAUGUUUCUAUAAGUCAGUGAUAAUUCAGGACACGGAGGGUAAAUUAAGUUGAUGAUGUCGCUAUUGUGAACCAGGUAAGAGAAUGUAUAUUUGACACAACAGCGGGAUCAGAUGAUACAGAAAGCCAAAAGCCACAGUGAUAAUGUGUAAAUAGUACAAAGGCCCGUCCCUAAUCUGAGUAAGUUUUCCAGUUCCUGUUUACUUCUAGCACUCAGGAUGAACAACAGAUUGUCUUUUGACAGAAAUGCACUGUAGAUCCUGCUGUCGGGUCUGUUGGGGUAGACUUCUGCCACUCCCUUGCCCCCCCCCCCCCCCCCCCCCCUCCCCCCCUCUUAUUCUUCCAGCAACAAUUAUGCCAAAUGUUACAUCAUUCAUCUUUUAGCCAGAUUAAAUACAUAUUUACUGUUCUCUCAUGUUGUAGGGGGCGACACGUUAAAGGGUGAGAAUAGUCAGAUUAUUUUUCUGGGUGGGUUUUUAGCUUUUAGUUUUAAUGUCUGUGCCUGGUGCCAAAAUGUAAUUUCUUUCUUUGAAUGCCUUUGUAGUCACGGACCUAUUGUACAUAUGUGUUAUAAACUCAACGGGGGGGACAUUUUUAGGGUAAUCCAAGAUUCGGUUUCUUGCCCUUUUCCACGUUCAGAGCUGGGCAACAGAAGCACAGAAAUGUAGGGUUAUCAAUGUGUACAUGCUGUAUAUCUUAAAUGUUCCAAAUUUAAUUUAAUAUAAAAACAAAUAACAAAGUAGAAGUAUGAUUUUUACCAUGUUUUAAGAUUUCUGCCUCUGGAGUUUCUUUAUUUGAAAUUCUUCUCUGAAACCUUUAUUAUUAUUAGUGUAAUUAUUUUUGUGUCAAUGUAAUAUUAAGAUUUUAUUUCUAUUGUAUAGUUUAUAAACUCCUCAGUGUUAAAAUACUCCUCUAAAUCGCAAAUCGCACUUUUAUUGGACCAAUUUAUUAUUUAUGUUUGGUUUUCGUCUUAAUUAAUAACAAUAAUAAUAAUUAUAAUGAUAAUUAUUAUUAUUAAAAUCUUUGUUUUGGGGGGUCCAUAGUGCCAUUUCCCAGAGUUCCUCAUGAAUGAAAAUGUGUGUGAAUGGCAGAAGGUUGUUUGUGAGAAUGGAAUAAUGGCUAAAACAAAACAGAACACUCCAUUUAAUUGAAUGUAGGCAAAUGUAUUACUGUCAUUGAAUAUGCUUUAUGAACAUUUUAUCCCUUUCAAAAGACUUUUACUCGCAGACACACACACACACACACGUAUGUUCAUAUAGUGUGUUUUGUGACAGUUGUUACCAAAUGAACCAGCCCGUUCAAUAACGACGCCAUGUUCCAGUGACACCGUACAUCUGACCAGUUUAAUUUUAGACCUCUGUAAGGAUUGUAUGCAUGCUGUUCUGUGAUCUGUUUGUUUGUAUCAAAGAAAUUAUAAUAAAACCAUCAUUAUUCUUA